CGUGCUGUCACCAUCGCUGGGUCGAAUGGGCACGUGCUGUCAUCAUCGCAGCCUCGAGCUUCCCGCAAGGUUUGAAUUUCGCGGGCUGGAACCGGUGGAUCGAGUCCCGGAUGUAAUAUUGAUCGAAUAGAAGGUGGAUCAUUCCUGAGGCUCAGAUAUUAAAAAUUGUUUACUCUCAGGUAGACAAAGACCGACAGCCUGAGUUUCGGAAUUUCACGACUGAGAAAAAUGCAAAGGCGAUUUUCUUACUGGGACGAAAGCUUCAUAAAAAAUAGAUAACAACUCGGUCGAUAAAAUUAGUUUGAUUAACUUCCUAUCUGCCUAUGAUAUUGGUGGCCUUACCGCAUUGGAUUCUUAAACUUUCGUGCGCUUGCUCUAAACCCCACCUACUUUCAACACCUUCCUGACAAACUAAACAUUUGGAUAGGCAUUUUAACAUAUUGCUUUCUGCCUUGCUGUCAAAUUUUGUUCGUUGACGCUGCCGUGAAGCGCCGAGGGACCUUCUGAUAAGUUGAAUGUAUGAUCUCAGCGACAAUGGAUCUCUUAUCAUUACUGUGUUACUGUCUAGUGGUUUACGUGUUCGUGCAGUUUAUUCGAUUCUUGAGAGCUGAUGGAGAUUUGACAUUGUUAUGGUGUGAAUGUUUUGGAAACAAGCCAGAAGACAAACUCUACAAGAAAGUGGUAUGGAUAACGGGGGCCUCUUCUGGAAUUGGAGAGGAGCUGGCAUAUCAACUAGCAAAAUUAGGAGCUUUUUUGGUGCUAUCUGCUAGGAGAGUUGCUGAACUGGAACGAGUUAAACAAAACUGCCUUGAUCAUAGCAAGCUACGAGUAAAGGACAUUCUUGUUCUGCUACUUGAUCUGAAUGUAAGCAGUUCCCACAAGGAUGCGACAAAAAGUGUUAUCCAGUACUUUGGUAAAAUUGACAUUUUGAUCAACAAUGCUGGUCGUUCCCAACGCUCCUUAUUCCUGGACACCAACCUUGAUGUCUAUGAAGCCAUAAUGCACCUGAACUUCCUUGGUACAAUCUCACUGACCAAAUGUGUGCUACCUUACAUGAUAAAGCAGGAGAAAGGGCAAAUAAUCACUGUCAGUAGUUUGGCAGGUCUUGUUGCUGCCCCUGUUUCUACAGGUUAUGCAAGUAGUAAACAUGCUCUUCAGGGAUUUUUUAAUUCCCUUCGACCAGAGCUUGCGAAUUACCCAGGGAUUAUAAUUAGCACUGUUUGUCCAGGACUGGUCCACUCUAAUAUUGUUAAAAAUGCAUUCACCGAAGAGAUAAAUAAGCCUAUAUCUGAGAACUCUGCACAAACCUGCAAAAUGUCCACUGCACGCUGUGUCCAGCUGAUGCUAGUUGGUAUGGCAAAUGAAUUAAAGGAAAUGUGGAUUUCUGGGCAGCCACUUCUGCUUUAUGUUUAUUUGUGGCAGUAUGCUCCCACCUUGGCCUGGUUAGUUGCAAACAAGAUGUCUGUGAAAAGAAUAAAAAACCUGAAAAGUGGACUGGAUGCUGAUGUAUCUUAUUUUGGAGAUUUAAAGACGAAAGCAGCUUGAAACUGUAGCCAUUAAGUAGUGGUGGAGAAGGUGAAAUUUUGGAACAUUUUAAUCAUCUGGUAGUAUGGAACUUAUGAAAAAGAUUUUUUUUUGGUCUUGGACUUAUGAUAUUUUACAAGAAUACCAAUGUAAAGGGAACAACAUUUUGUACUGUCUGAGAAGAGUGCUGAUUAAUGGAGGUAUUGCCGAAGAGACUAUCAUUUCAUUGAAUGACAGUUAACUGCCGAGCUUUAAUCUUGAAUUGGGAAGUUCAACUGUGAAGGCAAUGCCCAGCUGACUUGCCUAUUUAAAGUUGAAACAAAUGCAAUGUCUGUACAUGUCUUUCUGCCUGCAAGGGUCAAGGCCCUGUCUACCAAUAGUGCCCAGUUUAUCUCCAACUGCCCUUCAAAGGUAAGACGUCUCCAAAUUGAGCAAAGGUAAAGGUAGCUAUUUCAUGCUACUUUGCAGUACUUUCAAAUGGGUGCUUUAACAGGAUUUUUUUUUCAGCCAUACUUGCUGGUGGUUUUGAUUUAAAUUAAAUCUUUUUGUUACAAUCUGACAUCAUUUUCAUAUACUGUUUGUUUAAAUUUAAUACUUGUGCUUACAUGUUGGUU